GUGAUCCGAAACAGCAAAACAAAUGUGCCUGAACUGGAGUUAUUUCCUCGCUACCUGCUCUUCCUGCGACAGCAGCCUGCCACUCGAACGCAGCAGUCAAACAUCUGGGUGAAUAUGGGGAAUGUACCUUCACCGAAUGCUCCUUUAAAAAGAGUAUUGGCUUACACUGGCUGCUUCAGUCGGAUGCAGACAAUUAAAGAGAUACAUGAAUAUCUCUCCCAGAGGCUACGUAUCAAAGAAGAAGAUAUGCGUCUCUGGUUAUACAACAGUGAGAACUAUCUUACUUUGCUGGAUGAUGAAGAUCACAGACUGGAAUAUCUUAAAAUCCAAGAUGAGCAGCAUUUAGUAAUAGAAGUUCGAAACAAAGACAUGAGCUGGCCAGAAGAGAUGUCUUUCAUAGCGAACAGCAGUAAAAUUGACAGACAUAAAGUUCCUACUGAAAAGGGUGCUACUGGAUUAAGCAAUCUGGGUAACACAUGUUUCAUGAACUCCAGUAUCCAGUGUGUCAGUAAUACGCAACCUCUAACACGGUAUUUCAUCUCAGGAAGACAUCUUUAUGAACUUAACAGGACAAAUCCAAUAGGAAUGAAAGGACACAUGGCCAAGUGCUAUGGGGAUUUGGUUCAGGAGUUGUGGAGUGGCACUCAGAAGAAUAUAGCACCAUUAAAGCUGCGGUGGACAAUAGCAAAAUAUGCACCAAGAUUUAAUGGCUUUCAACAGCAAGACUCGCAGGAGCUUCUGGCUUUUCUUUUGGAUGGUCUUCAUGAGGAUUUGAACAGAGUUCAUGAUAAGCCAUAUGUGGAACUGAAAGACAGCGAUGGUCGGCCAGACUGGGAAGUAGCGGCAGAGGCCUGGGAAAACCACCUGAGAAGAAACAGAUCCAUUGUUGUAGAUCUAUUUCAUGGGCAGCUGAAGUCACAAGUAAAAUGCAAAACUUGUGGACAUAUAAGUGUUAGAUUUGACCCUUUUAAUUUUUUAUCCUUGCCUUUGCCGAUGGAUAGCUAUAUGCACCUCGAAAUUACAGUAAUUAAACUAGAUGGUACUACUCCUGUUCGAUACGGCCUGAGGUUGAACAUGGAUGAAAAGUAUACAGGUUUGAAAAAACAGUUAAGUGAACUCUGUGGGUUAAAACCAGAACAGAUUCUGCUUGCAGAAGUGCAUAGCUCCAAUAUAAAGAACUUUCCCCAGGACAACCAGAAAGUCCGGUUAUCAGUAAGUGGGUUUCUGUGUGCGUUUGAAAUACCAAUUCCAGGAUCCCCUACAUCAGCAUCAAGUCCUGUGCAGACAGAUGUCUCAACGGGGCCAUCAGCUAACGGAGCACCCAACAUAAUGAUGAAUGGGGACCUUCCUAAACCAACCCUAAUUCCAAACGGAAUGCCAAAUACUGUAGUGCCAUGCGGAACAGAGCGUAACCUUGCCAACUGGACUCUCAACGGUCAUGUGCCCUUGCUUUCUGAUAGUCCAUGUACAGGGUAUAUAAUUGCAGUCCACAGAAAAAUGAUGCGGACAGAAUUAUAUUUUCUUUCAUCUCAGAAGAAUCGUCCUAGUCUCUUUGGAAUGCCCCUAAUUGUUCCUUGUACAGUUCAUACACGGAAAAAAGACCUGUAUGAUGCAGUGUGGAUUCAGGUUUCCAGGCUUGCUAGCCCUCUCCCGCCUCAGGAAGCUAGCAAUCAUGCACAAGACUGUGAUGAUAGCAUGGGAUAUCAGUAUCCAUUCACCCUCAGGGUAGUUCAGAAGGAUGGAAAUUCUUGUGCUUGGUGUCCAUGGUACAGGUAA